UAUACAGCCUCCACAAAACGAAAGGGUUGGCGCCAAACCGUCUCAAAUUACUAGCAGGGUAGAUGAUUGGCUUAUUAGCACCCACUGAUUCAGAUUUGAAAGAUCCAAAAGAAAGAGAGGUUUCACACCUUUCGAUCCACCGAUUAUCACACAGCUCUGCUUUUGCAUGCAACAACAAUGGCCGUUUCUCUCCUCUUUUUGUCGCCUUCCACACCAUUCACAUUCAUUGCGCCACAUCUGCUUUCUCAUACUCGCACUGUAAUAUAUAUACAUACAUAUGUAUCACUCCACCUUCACACACUCUCUCUUGUUUUCUCUCUUCUGUAUUUUCUAUUGCAUUUGCAUCAGUUUCAUCUUCAAUUGCAACAACUAAUAAGAGUUGUCUAAGUUAAUUUGAUUCUCAUAAUGCCGCACCGUAGAAUUUAUGGACCACCAAGCACGAGGGACAGGGUUCAGGAAACCCUCUCUGCUCACCGGAACGAGCUCGUUUCUCUCUUCUCCAGGUAUGUGGCUCAAGGAAAGGGGAUUUUACAGCCUCAUCACCUGAUAGACGAGCUAGACAAUGUUGUUGGGGAAGACCACCAAGGAAUACAGGAGCUCAAAGAUGGUCCCUUUAGCCAAAUUUUGAAAUCUGCACAGGAAGCUAUAGUUCUGCCCCCAUUUGUUGCCAUAGCAAUUCGUCCACGUCCUGGUGUUUGGGAAUACAUUCGUGUUAAUGUUUAUGAACUUAGUGUGGAUCAACUAAGUGUUCCUGAAUAUCUUCGUUUCAAAGAAGAACUUGUGGAUGGACAGUACAAUGAAAAUUUUGUGCUUGAACUUGAUUUUGAGCCGUUCAAUGCAACAUUUCCUCGACCAACGCGUUCGUCAUCCAUUGGCAAUGGGGUUCAAUUCCUCAACCGUCAACUAUCUUCAGUUAUGUUUCGUAACAAAGAUAGUUUGGAGCCUUUGCUUGAUUUUCUUCGCACACAUAAGCAUGAUGGACAUGCGAUGAUGCUGAAUGAUCGGAUACAAACGAUAUCUGGACUUCAGUUUGCUUUGGCAAGGGCAGAGGAAUAUCUUUCUAAGCUUCUUCCAGAUGCGCCAUAUUCUGAUUUUGAAUAUGUACUCCAAGGAUUGGGUUUUGAGAAAGGUUGGGGUGACACAGCUCGGCGGGUCUCAGACAUGGUGCAUCUGCUUUUGGACAUCCUUCAGGCUCCUGAUCCUUCUACCUUGGAAACAUUCCUUGGGAGGAUCCCGAUGGUGUUUAAUGUUGUGAUUUUGUCUCCGCAUGGAUACUUUGGCCAAGCAAAUGUGUUAGGUUUGCCUGACACUGGUGGGCAGGUUGUUUAUAUACUUGAUCAAGUGCGUGCAUUGGAGAAUGAGAUGCUUCUUAGAAUACAAAAUCAAGGACUGGAUGUCAUCCCCAAAAUUCUUAUUGUAACCCGGCUUAUACCUGAUGCAAAAGGUACAUCAUGCAAUCAAAGACUGGAAAGAAUCAGUGGAACAGAGCACACACAUAUUCUGCGGGUGCCUUUUAGAAACAAAAAAGGAAUUCUCUGCAAGUGGAUUUCAAGGUUUGAUGUGUGGCCAUAUCUGGAGACUUUUGCGGAGGAUGCAUCAAACGAGAUUGCUGCUGAGUUACAGGGUGUUCCAGACCUGAUCAUUGGCAACUACACUGAUGGGAAUCUUGUUGCUUCCUUAUUGUCCAAUAAACUGGGGAUCACUCAGUGCAAUAUUGCUCAUGCUUUGGAAAAAACGAAGUAUCCAGAUUCUGAUUUAUACUGGAGAAAAUACGAGGACAAGUACCAUUUCUCUAGCCAAUUUACUGCUGAUCUCAUCUCAAUGAAUAAUGCCGAUUUUAUUAUCACCAGUACAUACCAAGAGAUUGCAGGAAGCAAGAAUCAUGUCGGACAGUACGAGAGCCACACAGCUUUCACUCUUCCAGGGCUGUAUCGAGUUGUUCAUGGCAUUGAUGUCUUUGAUCCAAAAUUCAAUAUCGUCUCCCCAGGGGCAGAUAUGAGCAUAUACUUUCCAUACUCAGAAAAACAAAUGAGACUUACUGCUUUGCAUGGUUCAAUUGAAGAACUCUUGUAUGGUCCAGAGCAGAAUGAUGAACACGUUGGCAUGUUGAGUGAUCAGUCAAAGCCCAUUAUCUUUUCGAUGGCAAGACUCGACAGGGUCAAAAACUUAACGGGCCUGGUUGAGUGCUAUGGUAAAAGCAACAAGCUAAGACAGCUGGUUAAUCUUGUCGUGGUUGGGGGUUACAUUGAUGCAAAGCAAUCCAGGGACAGAGAAGAGGUGGAAGAGAUUGAAAAGAUGCAUGCCCUUAUAAAAGAUUACAACUUGCAUGGCCAGUUUCGAUGGAUAACCGCACAAAUGAACCGCGCUCGAAAUGGUGAGCUUUAUCGCUACAUUGCAGAUACAAGAGGGGCUUUUGUGCAGCCUGCAUUCUAUGAAGCUUUUGGCCUCACAAUUGUGGAGGCCAUGACUUGUGGGCUUCCUACAUUUGCUACUUGUCAUGGUGGCCCUGCUGAGAUUAUUGAGCAUGGUAUUUCAGGAUUUCAUAUUGAUCCAUAUCACCCUGAUCAGGUAGCAGCCGUUUUGGUUGACUUCUUUGAACAAAGCAAAAAGGAUCCAAGCCACUGGGACAAGAUCUCUGAUGCAGGGCUUAAACGAAUCUAUGAAAGGUACACAUGGAAGAUCUACUCCCAAAGGCUACUGACAUUGGCUGGGGUUUAUGGCUUCUGGAAGCAUGUGUCAAAGCUGGAGAGGCGUGAGACUCGACGAUAUCUGGAAAUGUUUUACAUUCUCAAGUACAAGAAUUUGGUGAAGUCCGUUCCACUGGUAGUUGACGAACAAAAUUAAACUUUGCACAGUGAAGUGAAGCCCCCUCUGCUCACUGCUGUCUUCGCUGUUAUGUUUACGGGAUGAAUAAAGUAAACGUUUUCAUUACUGUAUCUUGUAUCCUACCUUGGUUUUUGUUAAUUAUGCUUAUGGACAAAAAAUGUACGAACUUUAUUCUAGUAAGUCUGAGUUCUUAUGUUUAAUGUUUUAUGCAUGCUA